CCGCGCCGCGGGGGAGGGGAGGGGACGGGACGGGACCUGCCAGUGCAAUAUGACUUUGGAAGAAUUCGCGGCCGGAGAACAGAAAACGGAAGGGAUGGACAAGGUCGGGGACGCCCUGGAAGAAGUUCUCAGCAAAGCCCUGAGUCAGCGAAGCAUCACGGUGGGGGUCUACGAGGCGGCCAAACUGCUCAACGUGGACCCCGAUAACGUGGUGCUGUGCCUGCUGGCGGCCGACGAGGAUGACGACCGCGACGUGGCCCUGCAGAUCCACUUCACCCUGAUCCAGGCCUUCUGCUGCGAGAAUGACAUCAACAUCCUGCGGGUCAGCAACCCCGGGCGCCUGGCCGAGCUGCUGCUGCUGGGCCCCGGGGGCGCGGCGGCGGCCGCGGGGGCCGAGCCGCCGCCCGACCUGCACUGCGUCCUGGUGACGAAUCCACAUUCCUCUCAAUGGAAGGAUCCGGCCUUGAGUCAACUUAUAUGUUUCUGCCGGGAAAGCCGAUACAUGGAUCAGUGGGUCCCAGUGAUUAACCUCCCCGAACGGUGAUGGCCUCCCACUGACAGUAACCGAGUCCAGUUGCACUGAAGUUUUGAAAUCCCUUUGUAGUUACUCAAGCAGUUACUCCCUACAUUGAUGCAAGGAUUACAGAAAUUGAUGUUCAGUAGGCUGACUGAGUCCAACUACAGUUCUUGGGGACCGGAGACUGAUGACUUUGCAGAGGGAAAGAGAAGAGAUUGAAGACAGAAAGCUGUUUGGAAACAAGUGAAAGUCAAAAGGAACCAAAAAAAAAAAAAAAAAAAAAAUUGGCAAAGAAC